AUGUAUAAAGAAAAGUAAGUAGAAGAGUAUUUCUAUCCUACAAUGCAUAAUAAAAAACAAAAUGAUUACUUAAGAUAAAGUCUUUAAGAAGAUUGGAAUAAUUAUGGCAUUUAGAAAAGUAAGGAGGGGUUUUUGAAGUAAACAUUUAAAGCGAGAAGUGAACAAGAGUAAGAAGAUUUAGAAAUAGGUCCUAAAAAGUCAACAAGACCUAUGACUGCAUUAAUAUCACCUAGUCAUAGUUAUUCAUCAAGAUAAAGACCAAUAACAGCACCAGGAUUGAAUGUGUAAGUGAAACACAUGAUGAAAAUAGAUGAGAAUGAAGAGAUGGUAUCAGUGCCAUACCAUUCAGAAACAAGGUAUUAUAAGAAUACAAAGAAAUUAGAUAAAAGUAACUUAUUUUGUAUAAGUUAUUAAAUAGCAAAUUAAAAUUACAUUCGCAAUCACACAACUUUAAAGAAGCUAUCUUUAGAAGGAGAAAGUGAGAUCUAUAAUAUUGAAGAGGAAGAUGCAAAGAAUUAAAAUAUGAUAGAAAAAUAGACUAUAAAGAGUAGUUUAUUCUCUCCAAUGUAGAGUGAACAAUAAUAAUUAACAGGAGGACUUAAUUAAAAUGCAACAAUAAUUAAAGGAACUUAACCUUAACAAAAGUUAUUCAAACAUUCUAGUUUAUAAAUAUAUGAUAAUCUGGCUGAAAUAAUGAAAUUAAUAAAUGGAUAAACUUAUACUAAAAGUCCUGUGAUUGUUAAAACAAAAUCAUAAGGAUUGAGACCUUAAAGUGCAGUAAACAAAUAAAUAAAAGUGAGUUAACGCUAUCGACCUGUAAGUGGAAAAGUUUAAUCAAUUACAGUAAGAGGGUACUAAUUGUGA